ACUUUCAUCUACCAAAUCCACAAACCAUUCUUCUCAAACUCACAAAGAAUUAUAAUGAUCCAAAAGAUCUUCACAUGCACCCUAACUUCAAUUCAUCAAAGUUGGUUGUGGUGGUGGGAAGGUUCAACCAAGUGUGAUGAGUUUUCAAGAUCAGUGCUCACAUUCUCCAUUGCACUGUUUGCAAUCUUAUGGUGCACUUGGAGAUAUGCAAGCUCAAAGAAACACAAGCCAGUGUUACCACCAGGGCCGGGAGGUUUGCCAUUAGUUGGCAGCCUUCCAUUUCUUGGUCCUAACCUUCAUCAAUGCCUUGCUGAAUUAUCUCGGUCAUACGGACCGAUAAUGAAGCUCCGGCUAGGCACGAAGCUCUGCUUCAUCAUAAGCUCAUCGUCUAUGGCCAAGGAGAUAUACAAAGAGAAUGACAUUAUCUUCUCCAACCAUGACUUGACGAUCGCGGCGAGGAUCAUCUCCUACGGUGGCGCAAACCUUGUUCGAUGUCCCUACGGUCCGACUUGGCGUGCCAUGAAAAGAGUUUUUAAUGCAGACUUGUUGAGCAACAAAAAUCUUGAUCUUUGCAAGGAUUUAAGGGAAAGAGAGAUUCAAAGAAUGGUGACUGAGCUAUAUGUCAAAGCAGGCAUUGCGGUGAAUGUUGGAGAGUUAGCUUUUGCCACCUCUCUUAAUCUUCUUGAAAGCAUGUUAUGGGGUGAUAGACACAAAUGUGAAGCAAUUGAGAGUGAUUUUCAGCAACUUGUAAUGGAGACUAUCAACCUCUUGACAAGACCCAAUAUUUCUGAUUUCUUUCCCCUUGUAGCUUGGUUUGAUGUGAGAGGCAUAGAACAGAGAAUGAGGAAGUGCAUCUCACGUUUGGACAGGAUCUAUGAAGACAUCAUGGGGAGAAGGAUGAAUUUGGAUGGAGUGGAAGACGGGAAUGCUGGUGCAACUGUUGGCAAAGACUUUCUUUCCAUCCUUCUUCGAGUUAUGAACGAUGACAAUCCGAAGAAACCGAUAUCAUGCACCAACAUCAAAGCUUUAAUCACGGACAUAAUGGUGGGAGGGACGAGCACAAUGUCAACAACAGUGGAGUGGGCGAUGGCAGAGCUUAUACACAAACCGGAGAUAAGAAAGAAGGUACAAGAAGAGUUGGAUACAGUGGUGGGAGCCUCAAAGAGAGUAGAAGAAUCCCACAUUUCAAGAUUACACUAUCUGAGAGCAGUGUUGAAAGAGACAUUGAGGUUGCACCCUGUAGUCCCUUUGUUGGUUCCUCGUGUUCCAAGCCAGUCUUGCAUUGUAGGAGGGUAUGAGAUACCGAAAGGUACCCGUGUGAUGACAAAUGUGUGGGCAAUUCAUAGGGACCCCAGUGUGUGGGACAAGCCCUUAGACUUCUAUCCGGAGAGGUUUCUCUACAAUGCCUUAGCUGAUUUUAGUUUCUUUCCUUUUGGUUCUGGGAGGAGGAAAUGUGCAGGGUUGCCUUUGGUUGAGAAAGUUUUGCCGGUGAUUGUGGCUACUUUGAUGCAUUUCUUUGAAUGGCGAGUUCCUGAUGGAGUUGAGCUUGAUUUUGAUGAGAAGUUUGGGGUUACUCUUACUAAAUCUAAUCCAUUGAUUGCCAUUCCUGUUCCCAGGUUUCCCUCAUGCAAGGAGUUGUAUGAAUGAGUUUGAGAGAGGUUAACUUAGUUGAUAUUAUUAUUAUUAUUAUUGAUGUUGGUCAUUUACUUGUCAAUUUUAGUUGUUUGGUUCUUAUUUUCAAUUGUAAUGGUGUUUUCUGCUUCAAAACAUGGGAGCGGUUUCUUUC